CAGAAAAGGAAAAUCUCGCGAUAGAUCCCGGAGCCUGGACUUCGACAUGGUUACCCUGGUAACAGAAAUCAUACUGACGUGACUCCGUAACGAGCUAGGGUUAGCUCAUUUUUAGGCUAGGUUAAACAAGUUUACGCAAAUAGUUCGGUUUGAUUUAGCAACACAACAAUGUCUAGAAAAAAACAACAGAAACCUAAAAUAAACCAGGAGGAGGAAGAGCCAAAAAACACAGGUUCAAGUCCAAAUGAGGAAUUACCAGUGCAGACCUUCGAUAAUUAUCAGUGCACAGGAAAUGUGGAGAUCGACUUCCCUUUACUAUGUGCUCUUCUGAACAUGAAGGAAAUCCCAGCCGUCAACACCAAACAUCUAGCCUCAUCCACCGAUGGAACUGAAGGAGUCAGGGAAGACGACCAUUCACAGAUAAGUGCCUCACUUCUCUGGUCUAAGCCCUGUUUAAACAUUGAGCUGGAAAACGAAGACCCUCUCAGUGCCAAAAGGAUGAGGAUUUCUGGAUGGAAGGUGAACGAGCAGAUCUUCAGAGCAAUGCAGAAGAUGCUCCCCUCCAUCACCCAGCUGCAGAGUCUCCAGUUCUGGCAGGCCAGACUGACGGAUCCAACGGUGAUCUCCCUCAUGAGCACGGCGGGUCUGUGCUCCAACCUCAGAGCCGUGUCACUGGAGGGUAAUCCUCUUCCAGAGCAGAGCUUCCACCUUCUCCUCUCUGAAGACAGCAACCUCACCCACUUGUCCUUGCGGAAUAAUCGGAUCGGAGAGGAAGGCGCUCGUCUGAUAGGUUCGGCUCUCUCCACCACUAAGUCUGCUAAUAAGAACCUCCUGUCACUCAACCUGGCAUUCAACAAUGUUGGGGAUGCAGGUGCCGCACAUAUCGCGCAGGGCCUGAGGCUGAAUCGUACUUUACUCUUCCUAUCGCUGUCCAACAAUCAGAUCGGCGACUCGGGAGCUGCACGUCUGGCUGCGACCCUCGGGGAGUUUGCUCUGACACACGAGGAAGUGGUGGAAAGGAGGAAGCUGCUGCUGCAGAGAGUGCAGGCUUCUUCUCUUAGGGCCGAUCUUGAGCAAACAUCUACGGGUCAGCUUUCCUCUGUCCACGGCGCCUCAAACAGAGGGGAGAACAAGGACACAUCCAGAAAAAAGAAAGCUGCAAAGAAGGAGGAAAAAACUACAGAAAUCAAAGAAAAGCCUCAAAAGAAAACCCUCGAUGGAAAGGGAACUAACAGCAGAGGUGGGAAGUCUGGAGGCAGAGGGAAACACUCAUCUGCUCUGGAGGAUAAAUCAAGCUCGAACCUGAAUGAGCCAGAAAACAUGGAGACAGGAAUCCCCCUGCUGGACAGCUCGGUGUAUCGCAAGGACGGACAGCUUUUUCUGCCUGGAAACACGACGCUCAGCUCUCUCAAUCUGGCAGGAAACAGGAUUACAGAAAACGCUCUGCCUCUGUUCCUGGCGUCUCUGGAAAAGCAGGAGGAAGCCGGGGGGAACUUGCAGCGUCUCUGUCUGCAGAGAAACCUCUUCCCUGAAGACUCGGAGUGUUACAAGAAGAUAAAUGAAAUGAAGGCCCUCGGAGAUCCUCUGGUCGAAAGCAUCUCUGAGGAGGUGGAAGAGGAGGGAAAGGGCAUGUAGUGCUCGACAAACGUUUGCCUCCACUUUUGUUUCUAACGUGAUAAAGAAAAAAAAAAACAUAAAAAUGAGUUGUUUUAACAAUUUAAGAGAUGAGGACAAUUGUAUUUCUUUGUUUGUGCCCAUUGUAGGAAUUAAUAAAAAUAAGUACAUUCAAAAUAAGAUACUCAUAUUUGAACUAUUUAUAUUCUGAGACAACAUAUCACAUCUCUGUUGGACCUGAGGUGUCUACAUGGCACCCAGCAUACCCAGCAAGUAACUCUGAAAUGUAUUUAGGCCCAGAGCGAUUCCGUACCAGCAGGAUGACAAGCCUGAAAAUGCAGCAAAAAUUGCAAUAGAAUGUUUUGACAAACUAUAUUCCUUCAUUUGAGCUGUGUAGAGUCAAAAUCUACACCUAAAUCUAAUUGAGAAUCUGAGGCAAGACUUGAAAACGUAUUCACAGAUUCACAGUAGGAUUAUUCACAAAUUUUACUGUAUGUUGUGAAGUG